GCCCCAACAGUCUUUGCGAGGGAAAAAGACGAGCCAUAUAUUAACCAUGCUCUAUUUUUUUUUAUGGCGAUGAAGACCGAAGAGCACUGGGAAGCUCAGCAGCAUUUGGACAUAUGGAGGCAUUUCGGUUCAGAAACGGUAGUAAUCGUACUCGACUUACAGCAAACGCUCAACCGGCCGGCGAGGCGAAAUCGCAACGCGCACCAGCUCACCCAACAACCGGUCGAGGCCAUGGCGGCGGCGCAGAAGCCGGCGAAGCGGCUCGGUGGCAUGGCAGAGGCGCUCGCCAUCGCCGGGGACCUCGGCUUCCCGGCCCCUCCCGCGCAGGAAGAUCAGAACACCUCGGACAAAAGUGAUGACCUGGUGAGGGUAUUAAGGGAGCUGACGGUCGUGCAGCGGAACAUUGCCAAUUUGCAAGUCGAGCUACAAGGCAGAAAGGAUGAUAAAAACAUUGCUCAUUUGACUCAUGUCAGUGAAAUGGAAAAGAAGUGUGAAUCUUUGGCCAGAAUUACUGCUAUUUUGAAAGAUGUUAUUCAAAACAAGGACCGCAUUAUUGCACGUCUGCAGCAACCUUACUCGCUUGAUUGCAUUCCUGUUGAAGCUGAAUACCAGAAACAAUUCUCGGAGCUACUUCUGAAAGCGGCAAGUGACUAUGGGGCAUUGACAGCAUCGGUUGGAGAUUUCCAGUGGAGUCAAAACUUCAGAGAGUCGCCUGCUGUAUGGGGUGAAAUGCUACGACCGAUACCUGCUGCGCUCGCAUCCUGCACCCGGUUCUUCGAGGCCAUGUCCGCGAUGAGGGAAUCCUUUUCUACUCUGCAAACACUACGUGUUGGCCCUUCUUCUCUGUCAAUGACCCCAGGUGGCUCCAGUGACGAUUCGAAAUUCUUGACGCCACCUCAGUGGAGAGAGGGCUCGAUGCUCAAUAGCUGGAACCAAGUGGACGACGUAAACCCUGAAAGUGAUGGACUCAACAGUGUCAACCAGAGGAGGCUGUCAUGGCCAUCCUCCAUUAACAGGGACCUGUAGGUCACAGCUCACCAAGCUAAUACCCACAUGUUUGCAUUCUGUAUAAAUAGGAUCGCCGAGGCUUGCCUUCGAUUUUAUUCUUUGUGGUUUCUUCUGGUCCUGGCAAAAGCUAUUAUGAAAGAUCGGAACUACGUAAAUUACCAAUAGGCUAAUAUCCAAGUUUGUUGUGAAAUAACAUGAUCUUUCACAUAAA